AUUACAUUACAUUACAUGAACCAACAUACAUACAUACAUGAACGCCACAUCAUACAUUCAAGCUUUUGUUAUAAAUACCCAUUUCAUUCCCUUUUCCCUCUCUCCAAGCAAACCGACUUCAUAGAUAGACUUAAACAUAACAAAUGGAAAGUCCUUGAAGCUCCUAAGAAUAAUGACGGGGAGAAGAAGCCCGCCGAUGCCGGUCAGAAGAAAGACGAUGGUGCAGUCACUGCCGUUUUUAAGAUCGAUAUGCAUUGUGACGGUUGUGCUAAGAAAGUUAAACGAGUUGUGAAGCAUUUGGAUGGUGUGAGUGACGUGAAAGCGGAUCCUUCAUCCAAUAAACUCACCGUUACCGGUAAAGUAGACCCUGCCGUAAUCAAAACGAAACUGGAGCAGAAGACGAAAAAGAAAAUCGAAAUCGUCUCUCCUCAGCCUAAGAAAGAGGGUGGUGGCGAUAAGAAACCGGACGAAAAAACCGAGAAGAAGACCGACGAAAAAGCAGAGAAAAAGACUGAUGAAAAAGGAGAGAAGAAAGCCGACGGAAAGUCAGAAAAGAAAUCUGACGAAAAAGCCGAGAAGAAGCCUGAAGAAAAAAAGUCCGAAGACAAAAAAGCAAAAGAGAGCACUGUGGUUUUAAAGAUGCGAUUACAUUGCGAAGGUUGCAUUCAAAAGAUCAGGAAGGCACUCAUCAAAUUCAAAGGAGUCAAUGAGAUUUCAGUAGACGCUCAGAAAGAUUUGAUUACAGUAAAAGGCACCAUAGAAGGAAAAGACCUUCAAAGCUACCUCAAAGACAAGUUCAACAGAUCCGUCGAAGUAAUUCCUCCCAAGAAAGAAGAACCCGCCGCUGGAGGCGAGAAGAAAGAAAAGGAAGCCGGAGGCGGCGGUGGUGAGAAGAAAGAUAACGACGGAAAACCCGCCGCCGCCUCCAGCGGUGGAGACGGCGGUGGCGCAAAAGUAGAGGUAGUGAACAAGUACGAGUAUAGCGGUUUCUCAUAUCCGCCUUCGACAUUUUAUUACGACGCUCCAUCUCAUUCUCACACUCAUCAGUAUAGUUACGCCAUGGAAGCUCAGCCGAGCUAUCCAGUCUAUGGCUUCGCAAAUUCCAGCGGCUACUACGCAAAUCCAAACUACGUUCAGCAAGGUUACUCCACGCCGAUGAACGAUCAUACUCAAAUGUUCAGCGACGAGAAUCCAAAUGCUGCUUGUUCCGUCAUGUGAGUAAACCGAUGUAUCCAUGAAGGUUCUUCCUAACGUAAUACAUACGCUGUAAAUGAACUAAAGCUAUAAAAAAAAUAUAUAAGAAGAAGAAAUAGAGAGUUUUUUUUUUUUUUUCUUUUUUUGUUAAUUUUGUAAACUGUCGGCCGGUCGGUGCCGGCCGGUGAGCUGCCGGCUAGUUAGUCCAAUUCAAUUCAUUGGGGGAGUUGGUCGUUCUUUUUCUUAUUUUAUUGUAGCUUUUGUUCGCUUCAAAUAUAUGACGUCAUAAAUAGAGUUCUAUUACGUGUAA